GUCGGCUCAAGUCUUACAGAAUUUAGGAAUUCAUUUUUUUUUUGCAGCCCCAUCCCCGAUGGGGAAGCGCUGCGAGAAGUUCGACUGCACCUACGGAGCCAAGGGGAAGCGAGCGCAAAUGAGUCAAGGGGGCCGGCGGCCUCCGCGGGCUGCGCCGCGGCCCGGCCGCGUUCGAGAGGGAGCCUGCGCGCGCGCGGUCACAGAUCAUUAGGUCGCUCCGCAGGCAGGAGGUGGCCCAGCAGCAGGCGUGGCUGGAGGGCCUCUCUCCGACGGCUCGCGUCGUCGUGGCGACGGCGCUCGCCCGCCCUGGGGGCAUGCAAGACUCCUCGGACGAGGAGGCGGUGCCAGUCCGGCAGGAGGCGACCCAGCCGGCCGUCGUGGGGCCCGCGCCUGUCUCCCAGGAGGCGGCUCAGCAGCAGGCCGUCGCGGAGCAGGCGCCUGUCCGCCAGGAGGUGGCCCAGCAGCAGACCGUCUUGGAGCCAGCGCCUGUCCGGCAGGAGGUGGCCCAGCAGCAGGCCGUCGUGGAGCCGGCGCCUGGCCCGCAGGAGGCGGCCCAGCAGCAGGCCGUGGACAACCCGUCCGGCUGCGCGGUCGCUGCGGCUUCCGGCGUGCGGCUCACCGCGCCAAUCGUGGGCGUCCCCUUCGCGCACUUGUGCAGCGACAGCAUUCUCGACCAGGGUGACUGGCACCUGUGUUCUUUGCACGCGUGUGCCUCUGCAGCUGCUUCUGCUCUCGCAGCCAAGUGCAGGAUCCACGCGGGCGCGGCUCGACUCUACGGCACUUUCCUCGACAGAGCGCCGUUGCAGGCGCGGUGGCCUGGCGCGCUGCUCGCCGCGCUUGGGCCGGUCCGGAUCCAGGCCAAGAGUUGCAUGUACACGGUGUCGUUCUCAUCGAGGCGCGCCGAGGACUUCUCGGACGCGGCGUGGGCCAUUCACAACGCCGCGGGAUGGCGCUGCGUCGUGUUGGUUGCGAAGUGGCCUGGUCGGAUGGAUGCCGCUGGGCGGAGGCCAACACACGCCGUGGUCGGGUUGCGUUGGGACAAUUCCGCGACGGCCAUCGCGGGCAUGAGCUCACACGGCGCCGAGAACCUGCCGUACCCUUUUCAUCAGGAGUGCCGAGUUCGUGCGCGGUUAUUUCGUCGUCCCCGUGAUCCGUACGAUCGCGGAGCCGCUGGCCGGCGGUGGCAUUGGCUCGCGACCCAUCCCCGCGGAGGCCGGCGAGUGGUCGACGCUGGAGCCGCGCCGCUGGCCGUGGCGCGUUGAGUGAGGUGGAGUGCGCACGCGGUUGUUCUGGCAGUUUUCUUCCACCUGCACCGCAUCCAGAUCCUGAUGCGCCUCCUGUCGUCGGCCGUUGUUUUGUUGCAUAUGCAGGACAGUCGUGGCAGUGCGCGCAAUCGACUCCCAGGUUGAGUGUCUGAGGGCUCGUGGCGCCUCGAAUCUCCGUUUUGGACAAAAUGGAACACUCAGCUUCGAUGUUUCCUGAUAUGUUAUGCAUUGUAUUUGUGUGCGUACAUGUGUAUUCAAGCGUUGCCAGGCGUAUGAUUGCGCUUGCAUCGAUAUGCGGAGGACUCUGGCUAUUAGCGCGGGCUGAUGGCGGAGGGCUUGAUCCCAUCGAUAUCGCUAACUGUCUACAACGCGUUAUGCAGCUUAUGGAUCGUGCGUAGUACAAGCGAGCCGCCACUGCCGCCAUGUAGUCUCAGGCGAGGUUGACGCACUCCGCAGCGGUGCUUCGACUUCUGCCGUGCUUCUACUGUUUACACAGCAACAGACUGCAUGCGAGGCCCCCUUGCCAUGGCUGUCGCUUCUGUGGUUUUUGGGCGUUUAUAUAGCCCGAGUUGUAUGUUAGCAUGCGCUCUGAUGAUCGAUGGUCCUGAUGAUCGAUGCACGGGCAGUUGUCGAAAUGGCUGCGCGUCGAGUGGGAUGUUAGUAAUCUUCAUGAAAGGAAACUCCCUAAACCCUAGACCACCUACGCCCUAAAGGGCUGGUGGGAUUAAUCUGGCUGCUCUGUGCACUGGGCCCGUUGCGCCAGGAUUAUAGCUUUCUGCCAGCUCGUGGUUGCUUGUCUCCUCCUCUUGCCCGUCUUCUUUGUCUCUUCCCCAUUCCCCUCCUCCUGCUCCUCCUGCAGCUCCUCCAGCCACCUCCCCCCCUGCUGUCCACCGCUCGCGUUGGGGCCUCGCGCGGAACCCGCCGUUUUUAACGGCAUGGUUGGCGCGCGCGCGAGUUUUAAUUGCAUGGUACGAAGGUGGGUUCAGAAUCAC